CUUGCUCGCCGCUCAUUGGCUCCGGUCAGGUGGGCGGAGCCUGAAGCCGUGAGGGAGAGGUCGAGGAGCUGGCCGCUUUGGGGCCUUCAUCUCCGCGGGGGCCUCAAAUACCUCUUCCUGGUUUUAUUCUAUUCCUCUUCUCUCCCUGAUGAGGGAGUGAGAAGGAGCCAUGGAUCCUACAACAUUGGUGGAAGCCAUCGUGGAAGAAGUGGCCUGUCCCAUCUGCAUGACCUUUCUGAUGGAGCCUGUGAGCAUCGACUGUGGCCACAGCUUCUGCCACGGCUGUCUCUCUGGACUCUGGGAGGUGCCGGGAGAAUCCCAGAACUGGGGUUACACCUGUCCCCUCUGCCGGGCUCCUGUCCAGCCCAGGAACCUGCGGCCUAAUUGGCAGCUGGCCAAUGUUGUAGAAAAAGUUCGUCUGCUAGGGCUGCAUCCAGGAAUGGGGCUAAAGGGGGAUGUGUGCGAGCUUCACAGGGAACAGCUAAAGAUGUUCUGCAAAGAGGAUGGCGUGAUCCUGUGUGAGGCCUGCAGCCAGUCCCCCGAGCAUGAGGACCACAGUGUUGUGCCCAUGGAGGAUGUCACCUGGGAGUAUAAGUGGAAACUCCAUGAGGCUCUAGAGCAUCUAAGGAAAGAGCAAGAUGAGGCCUGGAAGCUGGAAGUUGGUGAGAGGAAGCGAACCGCCAGCUGGAAGAUCCAGGUAGAAACCCGAAAGCAAAGUAUCAUGUGGGAGUUUGAGAAAUAUCGGCGAUUACUAAAGAAAAAACAGCCACCAGGCCGGCAACUGGAGGUGGAAGCAGCCGCAGCUCUGGCCAGCCUAGAGCAAGAAGAAGGGGAGACCAUGCAAAAACUGGAGCAGAAUCGUAAUGAGCUCAUGCAGCAGAGCCGGGUGCUAUGGGGGAUGAUUGCAGAACUGGAAGAGAGGUCUCAGAGGCCUGUCCGCUGGAUGCUGCAGGGUAUUCAGGAAAUCUUAAGCAGGAGCAAGUCUUGGAGCCUGCAGCGACCAGAACCAGUCUCCCUGGAGCUGAACACAGAAUGCCGUGUGCUGGGGCUAAGAGAGAUUUUGAAGACAUAUGCAGCUGAUGUGUGCCUGGAUCCAGACACUGCUUAUUCCCGCCUCAUUGUGUCCGAGGACAGAAAAUGUGUGCGCUAUGGAGACACCAAGCAGAAAUUGCCCGACAAUCCUGAGAGAUUUUACCGCUACAAUAUCGUCCUGGGCAGCCAGUGCAUCUCCUCAGGCCGGCACUACUGGGAGGUGGAAGUGGGAGACAGGUCAGAAUGGGGCCUGGGAGUGUGCAAAGAAAAUGUAGACCGGAAAGAGGUGGUCUAUUUAUCCCCCCACUACGGAUUCUGGGUGAUAAGGCUGCGGAAGGGAAAUGAGUACCGAGCAGGCACUGAUGAAUACCCUCUCCUGUCCUUGCUGGUCCCUCCCCGCCGGGUGGGGGUCUUCCUGGAUUAUGAGGCCCAUGAUAUCUCUUUCUACAAUGUGACUGACAGUGGCUCCCACAUUUUCACGUUCCCCCACUAUCCCUUCCCUGGGCGUCUCCUGCCCUACUUUAGUCCUUGCUAUAGCAUCUGCGCUAACAACACAGCUCCUCUGGCCAUCUGUUCCCUGGAUGAGGAGGACUGACUGAGCCACCAUCCUAGCCAGAGGCCUUGGAGUUUUGCUUGGCCUGCAGGGGUCUUGGUGGGCCUGGCCACUGACAGGGGUUCCCUUAAACUAAGCUGAGCUUAGGAACCAAGGAGUCCUCUGCCUGACUCAGUGGUCUGUUGCUACUGGGCCAAAGUCACUCAUCUGAAAAAGCUGAGGCUCAGUUAAGUGAGCACCACACUCCUGUGAGGGAAGCAUGAUGUGGCUAAGGGUGAGGAUCAGAGCAAUUGUAAGAUAACUGGUUGGUGUCAGAGUCAGGACUUUGUCCUGUCUGUAGCUCAUGCUGCUCUCUCCUGGUCCCUGUUGGUGCCAUAAUUAAGUGAGUGAGGAUGAAGAAGUAGAUCCAGCAUUCAGGAAACCCUCUGUACAGGGUUUACCAAAAAGCCAAAAGACAAUUGUCCAUAUUCAGAGCUGUUUGCUGUGCUGAUACCAUUAGAGGAUGCUUUGCCUGACAUUUGCUCUACUGAGCAACCCAUAUUUGACCCCCGCUCUCUGACCUCCUAACUAGAGAAAUGCAUUGCAACAUUGCCCAGGCCACACCUCUCUGAGCAUAAAUUGGGAAACUCCCUGUAUCUCAGACUCUAAGGAGACCUAGGUUCUGGUCCUGCCCUAUUCUCUGAGUGUCAGGAUCAGAAAACCUGUGAGCCUUGUUUUUAUUUUCACUUUAUGGUUGGAGAAACUGAAAUGGCCUUAAUGCAGCAAGUUCUCACAAAACUGUUGAAAGAAGAUUGUAAAGAUUAUAAAGUAUCUCUCACAUUUGAAUGAAACAGGAUUGACAGACUCA